AUGAAUAAAAAAGUUCUUGCUGGAUGUCGGCACGGUGAUGGAGGAAAAGAAGAUUCCAGAUGGUGCCAACAAUGUGCGGCAGAAAAGUUCAAAAAUAGAUUUCGCGAAUGGACAUGUAAUCCUUCUCUUAACAAAAUAAUACAGUGGUCUCAGAAAUACUCGACGGCAGCAAGUGAUUAUUUGUUAUUUAUAAAAUUUGAUAGAUUAAAAGAUGUUAAACAUUUUGCUGAUGGAAGAUACGGAAGUAUUUAUGAAGCCCUCUGGGUAGAUGGACCGGAAUGGAUUUGGGAUUCAUCAGAAAAUAUCUGGAAAUCUGAAACGAACAUGAAGGUUUUUAAAUAUGUUAAACUUUUAACAAAUGGAUCCCUCACGGAUUUCUUUGGAAUUACAGAAGAUUAUCUUGGAAAUUACCUAUUCGUAAUGAGAUUUUAUGAAGAUGGAAAUUUAUACGAAUAUCUCGAAAAAAAUUACGAUAUUAUAUCUUGGAGAGAUAACAUUGACAUGUUACAAAGUAUCGCCGAAGGUCUUUAUAAAAUCCAUGUUGAAAGAAAAUUUCACUCAAAUUUACAUGGUGGCAACAUACUUAUCGAAGAUAAGACUACCUUUGUAGAAGCACGUGUAUCCGAUGUUGGCCUUUAUGGCCCAGCUGAUAAACAACGCUCUUUUACCGAUAACUAUGGAGUACUACCAUUUGUUGCCCCUGAAAUACUAAGGGGAGAGCAGCCAGAAGAGAAAGAAGUUUGCAAAUUUAACCAAGCUGCCGAUAUUUACAGUUUCGGGAUUAUCAUGGCUACAAUUUCCACUGGAAAAAAACCUUAUUAUGAUAGAGAUCACAACCAGGAUCUCGUCGAAGAUAUUUGUUCUAAAGAUUUGCGACCUAAAAUCACGAAGGAAAUGAUACCGAAUUUGUAUUAUGAAUUGAUGACAAAAUGCUGGAGUUCGAACCCCGAAGAAAGACCAAGCGCAAGUGAAUUGUAUAAUACAUUUAAAAAAUGGACUUUUGCUCUUGAUGAGCCAGAUUUAUCGGAUAUUGCAAUUCAAUUUAAUGAGGCAGACGACAAAAAAUGGAAGCCUACUUCCGAUUUUAUAUAG